GGCGCGAACGGCGAGGAGCUGGCGGCGGUUGGAGUGGUCGCGGCCCAAGCGGCGACCAUGACCCAGCAGGGCGCGGCGCUGCAGAAUUACAACAACGAGCUAGUCAAGUGCAUCGAGGAGCUGUGUCAGAAGCGAGAGGAGUUGUGCCGGCAGAUCCAGCAGGAGGAGGAUGAGAAGCAGCGGCUGCAGAGCGAGGUGAGGCAGCUGACAGAGAAACUGGCCCGAGUCAACGAGAAUCUGGCGCGCAAGAUUGCUUCUCGCAACGAGUUUGACCGGACCAUCGCAGAGACAGAGGCUGCCUACCUCAAGAUCCUGGAAAGCUCGCAGACUCUGCUUAGUGUCCUGAAGAGGGAAGCCGGGAACUUGACCAAAGCCACAGCCUCGGAGCACAAGAGCAGUGGAGGCAGGGAGAGCUGAGGAGGCCAUUGGUGGGGAGGGGCCUGCCUCCCACCUCCCUCAGUGGCUCAACCCCCAACAAGCCUGUCUUCAAAGCGUCUUUAUUCUUCGUGGUAGCAGCUGCCUCCUUUCACUGUCUCGGGUGCCAAGAGGCAGUUGCCCAGCUUCACCUGCCCCAGGUGACAAGUACAGCCCUGGGUGCAGCCCACCAGGUGGGGGUCCUGGCCCUGUACUCAUAGGAUAUGGGAAGGACAGGCUCUGGGUGAGUUCCGCUCGGGGCGUAGGUUCCCUCACCCCCGCUCUGAGCUGCCAGAAAGACCCUGCUCCCUACUUUUCACCAGCACGGCAGCCACCUCACCUCGGUGCCCAGGCCAGGGGAGCAGGGGAGGGGCUGGGGCCCACCCCCUCAGAGCUUGCCCUGGUGGCCUAUGACUGUCAGUAAAGAUUGUCUUUGUGAAGGUA